GCUCCUGUCCUCCAUUAUCCAGCACGCUCACCAACCGGAAUCCAUCCAUUGAAGCGAUCUGAUAGUUCUUUCUUCGUCUCGUCUCGUCUCGUCUCACAUACACAUAACCUACCCCCGCGAGCAUCGCUGAAGAUGUUCGCCCUCUGCUAAACGUAUCUCGUACUCGAGAAUUGAAGGACCCACACCGUCUUUCGCGCCUUCGGCCCCCCAAACCCCUAUCAUGUCCCGCUAAAAGCCCCUUGAAUUGUCUUCGGACUACCUUCCCUCGUCGCCAUGUCGCCCACUGAACUGAUCUCUUCGCUGUCUCAAUCACCUGCUUUAACCAACUUUUACACUACAACUGAAACCCCUGCAAUCCGAUCAGAAAAUGAACACGCUGCUAGAUCUUCAAGAGACCAGCCCUGCUCUGGCCGAGGUCGGGAAGGGGCUGCGUAUUGAGGACCUCCUGUCCUCCCCUGACACCUUUUCUCUUCCCGAUCUCUCUUUCUCGCCAUCGCCACUUCUGUCAGACACCUCCACACCGUUUCUGACCUCUCCGCUCUCUCCGCCCCCCGAUGAAUUCAUCUCCAGCGGCAGCCCGUAUACCGAUUUUCUAACUUCACCGGUCGUGGCCGACGUCGGGUUUGGGGAUGACAUGGAGCUUUUCGGGGGUUUAUCGGCAUACCCUACUUACGAGGUGUCCGUCCCCGUUGCUGCUUCCGUCGCCGAAGCUGCACCGCCGCCCUCACCCCCACCAAAACACACGCGCAAGCGCGUCGCAACAGGGACCCGCAAGAACCUGCAGGUGUCGACACUAAUCCCGAUCGAGGCGCCAACGCAAAAACGCAGUUACGUGACGCCAAGUGCGACGUCGCGCAAGGCCGUGCCGGCUGCGUUCGCGAAGAAAAGAGCACACUCUGAUGCAUUCGGGGACGAGGAGCUGGUGGCGAUUCCUGGCGAGCAGGAUGCGAUCGAACACAAGCGCAGACAAAACACGCUUGCGGCCCGCAAGAGCCGGAAGCGCAAGCUGGAGCAUCAACAGUUACUCGAGGACACCAUUGCUGGGCUCAAGCAAGAAGCCGAGCGGUGGAGAGAGAGAGCGAUUGAGGCGCGAGUGCUGCUAGAGGAGAACGGCAUCGUAUGUGAUGAGUGGCAGGAUUAAUUUUCUUUGUUCAGGCUCCAACGCCUUUCUUUCGUGUAAUAUCACCUAUCGUUAUUCCUCUAACGUUGCAAUCUAUGCUCUUUCUCACGCUCGUA